UAUCACUACAAUUGUAUUCACAACAUCCUUCUGAUGUACAGUUGGUUCAUACACUGUGCCAUGUUUAUAGAUAAGGUCUAUCCAGAGCUUUGCUGUUAACAUUAUCUUUAGUAGCACAUAUUGAAUCAAGCAGGAGAUAUCUACCUUUGUACAGACACAUAUAUUUUCUACAGAGAAAACAGGUUGAUUGCAGCCAAACAGUGAUCAAAUAUGGACCGGUGUCGAUAUCCUGGUAAACUGAUUUAAACAGGACGCUUCGUAUAAAUAAUCAACCCUCCAUCGCAGAUGGCGGACAAAUUCGAAGGACGGAAAGAGUCAAACCCAGAAUGGAACGAAAUAUAUAACAGACGCGCCGAGCGCCCUGAUCAGCAGAUUGCGGACGAAUCCGAUGAACGGAAAGAGUCAAACACAGAAUGGGACACACAAUAUAACAGAAGUUCCGAGCAACAUAAUCAGAAUGAACUUGCAACUGAUGUAAGACACACACAGAUCAACAGCAAAACUGACGACUGUAUCAUCACGAGUACCAAAGGAACGCAGACCUACUUAAAUGCUUUAUCGGAGGAAAACAUUACAAUAAUUGCCGAGGAGAUGGCGAGGGAAUUUCAUCAAUUACUUCACACAAUGUGUUUAGAUGAGGAAUUUAAAAGUCAGCUAAGAGAUCUGAGAGGCUGUCUCGAACACUCCGUUUCUUUUGUCAGAAAGAUGUUUAGUUCUUCUGAAACGAAAACUGAUGCAGAAAUAAAAUCAUCCCUUGUAAAUGACGAGUAUUUGAAUUCAAUCAUGCAACAAACUGCCGAUCGUUUGGAUAUGAAUCAAGAAGAACUCCGAGACAGUUUCUCCAAAGCUUUGUCGGGAUUACAUGCGAGUCAUCAAGCACAGCUGAUUGAUAAAGCAGAAAUGGUGUCUAAUGGGCCAGAUCAAUUUGAUACACUGCCAGAAGUGAAGGCAAAACUUAUGACUGGACAGAUACCACGAACCAGGACCAAUCAGGUCGCUAUUGUUGUUCCUAAAAAAGCCUCUGUUAAACCGAGACAAACCCACUGCACAUACGCGCAGACCGAACCUUAUAAUCAGUAUGAUACAUCAGAAGAAUCCCUCAAGGCAACUGCCCGACAGCUCUGUGGACAGAUGUUUCGAUCCUUUAUUGAACCUAAAGAUGUGGAGCUGUGCACCGAAGAUGGGUUCCUAGAAAUGUUAUCUAACAGUUCAUUCGGAGACUUUGGCCGAUUUUUGCAGAAAUAUUGCAGCUUAUUAAUAGCAGAAUUCAACACAUGCGAUGAACUAAUGAACACCUUAGGAGGUUUAUUCGGUGUGGAGGCAAAUCGUUCAUCUUCACAAACGGACACAGAGAAAACGAAUGCUACCGACGGCAAGAGAACGCAGCCUGAAAUUACGGAGGCACUGAAAACUGUUGCAGAGGAAAUAUCUCAAGCGUUGGAUUUUUAUACAGAUGCGGACGAAGUUGCGCUGAUGAACAUGCGUCAUUUUCCAGGAUUUGAUCAACCUAAUGAAAAAUUGAUCACAUUGAUGGGCAUCUCGCGAGACGAUAGUUCUGUUAUGGAGAUAAAUAUUGACCACAACAAGGGAUGUGGUGAUAACGAACAAAACGCCCAAAGAUUAUUUAGAACAGGUACUCUUUCAAAAUUAAUCAGAGACCACCUCGAUAAGAGAAAACUUCGUGAUGAUGACCAAAACGUUCAAACAAUUUUGGAAAGUAGCUUUUCGCAGCCCACGUUAGAAGCACAUCAAAAGGAUGAAAGUGUCUCCUUAGCUACAAGUGUUUGCAUGUCGUGUAUCGGUUACGGGCCUGAUAUUAGAAAGCAACGGAUUGAGUGGUACAGAAAGUUUGGUAGGAGAUUCAAUUUUGCUUUAUUUGGCUUUUCAUCGAUUAUGAUUGUGGGAAGUAAAGCAGAGGGAUUAACCCGCUUUUUUGAAAGUGAUUUUGACCUUAUUUGCUUAUUAAAUCGGAUAAUAUGUAUAGAAAACGACAAAGACACCAGCGGCAUAGACAUAAAUACAACAGUGCUUAUAAUGGAAACAGAUGACCGUUGUCCCGGGUAUUGUAGACUGAUGUUGUCAAGAUAUAAUUCGUCUUUUGUCUAUCAUGCUCUUAAUCGCGCCCUUUUGAAGGAUGAAGCUGGCAGACUUUUCUUGUCAAGUGAUGGAUUUCUUAAGCUAACUGGAGGAUGGUUUUUGAGUUCGCCACAAGUAAUGUACCUUCCGCGCGCGGGUCCUUCAUUGCCAAUGUUCUUUCAAAAUUUGCAUUUUGAUCGCGUAGUCGCAUUGCCUUGUCAAUGCCCCGACAUCCUGAACAGAUGGGCUGAAAGACCUCGGAAUUGGCCGCCGCCGGAUGUUGUUCAGAAAGUCGUAUCAUUAGAAGUAUUUGUGGCCCCAGUCGGAUUCAAAGAUAGUAACAGUUAUACUCUAGAAUGGAGAUAUUGCUUUAACAGAGCGGAGACAGAGCUGAUUAUCAAUUUGAAUGACACGCAGACGAAAUUAUAUGUUCUUCUGAAAAUGGUAGUGAAAGAUAUACUCAAACCGCGAAGGAAAGAAAUCACAUCAUAUAUGGUGAAGAACAUAGUAUUAUGGCUGACAGAGAAGAACCAACAGACAUUGUUCCACGAAAAAAGUUUGCUUCACUGGCUACAUAAAGGUCUGGGAGAAUUAAGAACGGCAAUAGCUACAAAGAAUCUUGAAUAUUAUAUGAUACCAGAGCGAAACCUGAUGGCAACCAGUGGACUAGAAAAUGACCAGCAGAGUGUAUGGGUGGAUACACUGACGGCCAUGAUGGAUGAAGGACCGAUGGUGAUACUAAGAUUUCAGAAGAUAAGGCAAGCAAUUAUUUCCUAUCCUGAGCCACUUCUCUGGUACAACAAAAUCAGAACGGAGUUCGAGUUGAUAUUGUUUGUUGUGAUCAGUUUGUACGCACCGUUGUUAGAAUUCAAGCCACUUAAUGAUUCAGCAUUUCAUGAGUAUAAUAUUCGCAGUUCGGAGAUCCUUCACGAAGUCCACAAGCGUCUAAAUAAGGAGGGCAUUUGGUUUUAUGAUAUUUGGGAUUUAAUGUUAAGAAUGAUGAGAUAAUACUAGUGCGGACAUAUAUAUGUGCAAUAGCAUAACUAUAUUGAUCGCAUAAUUUGACUUCAUACGAGUUACUAAUGAUAUAGCAAAUAUAGCAUUUGUAAAAGAUAUAAAUGCGCUUACAAAUUACACGAAAAUAACUUAGCAAAGUAUGUCAUCGAACAUAAAACGUAUGCUAUACGCAUACAACUAAAGUUAUUUCCUGUAAUUAAAAGUGUGUACAUCCUAACCACCAACCUCAAAUUAUAAAAAGUAUUCUAACAUUUAAUAACUUCAAUAUGAUUGAUUCUAUGUCUUUGUGCAAAAUAGUAAUAGUGUGUCAUUCCUUGUUGUGUUAUGUACAUGCUCAUUGAAAUCAAACUCGUUUGAAGUCAUCUACGUAAACUGACGGUUGGUUAAGGCACAUCAUUUGACAAAAAUCAAAUUUAUGGCGUGUUUCAAAGAUUAAGUUAUAUUAGAAUUACGUAGUGUUGACAAUAAACAAUAACAGUCGUGAAAAAUCUAUCGACGGCUUCAAGAUUGCAUUGCUUUACAUUUUGUAUUUCAUUUUAAAACAAUAAUAAACAUCCCUUUACAUGUACAUGUACCCCUUACUGUUUCAUUUGUAUACGUUAAACAGGUUUCUCCGCAUCAGUUUUCAGGGACGUGGUAAAAUAAGUGGUAGAAUUAAACUCCCUGAAAAUGAAUUUUGCAAUAAGAAUAUAUCUUAUAUAUUUAGCCUGUGUUCUUGUUAAAAAAUUCAAUGUGUACUACAUGGUUUUGUUUCACGCAGCGUAAAUUGUUGUCACCGAUUUCAGGCGUUUUCAUGGAUUUAUUCUUAUACCUUAAGAUAUUGGCACACUUGCAAGAAAAACGGUAUUUUAUGCACAAAAGAUUUUUGCAAAUGUAUUUUAAUAACUUGAGAUAUUUGACAAAAGUAAAGUUCUGAACGGUGUGUUUACAUUCAAUCCAGCUCGUGUGUUACCCCUGAAAACCCCGUUCAUUCUGCAGCCUGGAACUGUUGUUUGAUUAGAUUGCAAGUGUAUGUUUUGGUUCAGACUUUUCUGUUAGUCUUCUUGUUCAGUACUUUUUCACAUUUAUACCGUAAGCUGCUUAUGAAUUUAUUUGAUUUGUAAGCCCAAUUUCUUUUGUUGUAUGUUAUAUUUUGUUCGCGUCAUUGAGCAGAAAUGCAUAUGUUAUAUUGAUAUGGCUAUCAUCUUUAGAUUAAACCAAGAUUUAAAUAUGUUUAGUUAACGUAUAACACAGAUAGGGUACCUUUCUAAUUCACCAUUCAUUUCUGAUAGAUCAGUUGAUUUGUUGACACAUAUAAUUUUUCUAAAUGUGUAUGAAUAAUCUAUAAUUCUUUCCGUGAAUCAUGUCCCCAGAUUUCAGCAGAAUAGUGACGAACGGGGGUUACUACUUUAGCAAGGAGCUUGCAAUUGUCUUUAGCUGUGAAUUAAUAUCGGUUUACCACAGAUAAAAGUCGAUGAAGUGCUUCUUUACCGUGUUCUGAAAUCGAUUUUGUUCGUUUUAUUCAAGUUUCCGUUUCCGUGAUUUAUAUAACUAAAUAUUUGAGUCAUCUUUCGAUUUCGAACGGUUCAUUAUAUAAAUAUAGUUUAAAAUAGGUAUCGGUUGCUGUUUUUUUUUAAUUACAAUUUUUGUUUUACUUUUUUAGAUUUAUAGUUUGAAUCUAUUAAAUUUAUUGUCAAGGUCAUUUAAUAUUAAUUAGACGAAUUUGGACGAAGUUGAUAUUAUGUUCGACGUAAUGCAAUAAGUUGAAUGUUAUAUGAUUCCUUUACUAUUAGAUUUAAUUGUUUCAUUAAUGAACAGGAUAUCCUAAUUCAGCAAAGGGCGCAUUGUAAUAAUUAACUCAAUCUCAAUUUUGUGUCAGUAAUGUUUAGACUACAAAAUAUUAUAUCAAAUCAAUUAUGUUAACAACAUUCUCCAUUAGUAAACUAAACUCUGUCAAUCACAUUUACUUGACAUGCUAUUUAAAGCCUCUAUAACGCUCAAAAUCAACGAAAAUUUCGUAAAGUAUUUCUUAAAGUAACAGUUAGUUAACACCUAAACAAUCAAUGUUCCUUAUAGCAAUAGCAACAAUUUCAAUGCUAGAUUUGAUAUGAUUACAUAUAUUUUUGUAGAUACAAAAUGCUCGUUUGAAUUUCUUUGUGACACAUUUAAUUUCAUUUUUAUUUUCCUCGAAUAAAUCUAUUCAUACGACACACGAACACUAAAAUCGUACCAUGUUAGUGUUCAUGUGUCGUAUGAAUAGAUAUAGUUGCGGGAAAUUUAAAUGGAAUUAAAUAUGCAAAACAAUAAUAAAAACGAGCAUUUUGUAUCUACAAACAUAUUUUUACCAGACCACAUCUAGCGUUGAAAUUUCGGCAGUUGCCAUAAGGAACACUGAUUUUUAAUUGUUUAACUUUCUUUUACGAAAUAUUGUACGAAAUUUUCGUUGAUUUUGAGUAGUAAUGUGGCUUUAAUUAAAAUAUAUGCAAUGUUUAUAUGGCUAUGUACUGAUUGUAUUCACUAUUCAAAGUGUCUGUGUAUAUGUCUGUAUUCAGAUAUUCGAUUGUUUAACCUGUCUGCUAAUUUUACCAGUGAAUACAUGAUAUUAAGUGUGGUAACCAUUUUAAAGCUUAUUUGUGUGGCAAUUCACUUUGCAAAGUAGAAAACGACUCAAACAGUCUUUUCAUUUAUCAUAUUCAAUACAAAUGAAAGGAAUAAUUUUGAAAAAAAUGUUCAGUAUAAGGCUGCAGUCAUUUUUGUUCUUUCUUUUUUUGUAGCCAAGUUUAAAUUAAGUUAUGUUUUUGUUUUCAUCACAACAUUGUGUCAGUCUGUUUAAAAACAUUUGGGAAUUUAUCGUAGAUAAAAAAAUUCGUAGUACAUUUUGCAUAGUUCGGAUCUCUGCCUUUUUAAUACUGGCGUAACCCAUUCCCCAGCUAUCAUAAUAUUGCACAGUAUAAUACAUGAUGUUGAAUAUAGUUGUGAGGUAUAAUUUAAUAGAACUAUAUGUUGUUUAAUUAUUUUUGCUAAUAUAGUGUCUGGUCCACUUGAUUUGCCAUUGCUUUUUCCGAUAUAUUUUAGAUUCGGUAAUUGGCAAAUUGGGUUGUUCAUUCUCAGUGUGUGGUGUAUUUGUAUUAUGUUAAUCUGUUGGAUUGUGUAUAUUAUAAAAUGAAUCAUUUUAAUUAAGGGGUGUUGCGGCAGUUUAUUUAACCGAGGAUAUAUUUAUAGCAACACCGAUGAUGCUAUUAUCACAACUCAAUAUUUUUGUUAUCAGUAUCAUCAGAUGACCGAGUUGGUUCAUAAUACAAUUAUCAGUGGUUCGAUCUCAGGCGGGGUUAACUUUUUUUUUUACUUUUUUUUUCUUUCUUUAAUUUCAUACUUGUUUUAUAUUGGAGCUCUUUAGUCCUGUUGUUAACAUUUAUCAAUUUAAAGCAUUUAAACUUCAAAACAUGCCGAAAUAUGUGAACAUGUAAGUUAUUAAUGAUGAAGGUCGAGUUUGAUACUGUAUGGUAUUAUGUUUGUGAUUAAAUUUUUUUUAUUAAUGUCUUUUUGUAAGCUAUUGUGAUCCAUGUUAAGAUUGAAAACAAUUUCUAAUGUUUAUGCAUAUUUCUGACAAUCUAUGUACCGGUACCUGGGUUUUGUCUUAUUGCUGAUUUUUUAAUUAAAUCUGACGUCUAGACGGUAGGGAUAAUUAAAACAAAAAAUCUGUUAAAAGUGCGGUGACACCCUUUUUUUAUUUGUGUUUUGUGAUGACAAUACGUAGAUGAACAUAUUUGAGCAGUUUCGCAGAAUUCUAUUUGGCAAAUUUUUUUUUAAUUCCAUUUAUAUGGUUAAAAUAGUAAAAAAUGAUGUUUUUUGGGUGACAUAAAAAUAAAAAUAAAAAUCUUAAAAUUUAACUUGUGUACUCCAUUUUAUUGGUAGUGUGUGGUUUAAUUAAAUGUUAUAUGAUGUAUCUUAGCUUAAAUAAUAUCUACAUGUUGCCAAUUUCAUAGGUUAUUAAUUAUUUUACGCAAUUACAGAUUUUCCAGUUUUAUUGAAAAAGUACAUGUUAUAUAAUGGUGAAUAAAAUCAAAACAUGGCCGGUGAUCCUAUGUUUUUAUUUCAUUUUUCAUAUAGUAUUUGUAUGUUCAUCUUAAAUAUAAAUUUUUGACAAAAUCUAUUUGAUGGAAAAAAAAAUCAGCAAAACUGCAGCAACACCCCUUAAGUCUUUAAAAUUAUUGAACGUUUCACUAAUUUUUAGCUGUAAUUGUAUUAUUUGAUUUAUAGCACUUUUAAAUAAUUGCAUUUAAAAGGUGGCGAUGUUACAUAGCCGUGUAAUUUUAUUCAUCUUAUAUCUGCAUUUUUGCUAUUGUCGAAAAUAAUUGUAUUUCGUUCUAUAAUGUAAAAAUUGUUGUCUAUUUUGUUAGAUUGAUUAUUUUUUAAGGCAUUUUUUGGCAUUAUGGAAGUUGCAUAUUGCUGUGUUUGUUUCUUCAAGUUUUAUCAAACCAUUCUGGCACUUUUAGAUGCGAUGCGAUUCCUAAUCGCUUCAGAAUUUUCGGAAAAUGAACUUUAGAACUUCAAGAAAUGCCUACUAUUUCAGGACUGUUUUUGUGGCUAGAGUUAUUUCAAAAAUGAACAUGAUCAUGAAAACUUACCGAAACAUCAUGUUAACAGUAUUCUUCAACAAGUAUUGAUUUACAAUAACAAUUUACUUUAUUAUAUGAGAAAAAUCAACAACAAUGCAUGAUUAUUUCAUCUUGAUGUGUUUUUAUAGAAAAUCAUAUAUGCAUAUAUUGGUAUUUCACCGCCCCACUAACUAUUUAAUCACUUUAUAUUGAGUUGAUAUAUUUGUAUGUUAUAAAUAAAUGUAACAUACAGCACUUAUUUGCACAUAGAAUAAAUUAUAUGAAAAGCUA